CCUCCUGAGCGUCGCGGUCCCGUGGCUUUGAGCCGUGGGAACAUUCGGUGGCCGCUUCCGCGCUUUUGCUUUACCCUUCUCGAUUGUAGAUUUUACUUCCGGGGGCUUCUCCGUCUUGGCUUUUUCCUUUAUUUAAUUUUCUGUAUUUUGUGUUUUGCUUUCUAAUUGGAAUUACUGGCUUUCGAACCUGCUAAUGUCUUUCGCCCCCUUACCCUCAUUGCUCCUUCCCCGGUUUUGAAGCUACAGAGGUUUUAGGCUCCUCUUUAUGUACUGAGUCUCAAAGGAUGACGUUCUAGGAUGUUUUCUUUACGUUAUUAGAACAGUGAUCUGGAAUCCUUCUUUGUUUGCCUUCAUACAAUGGCCAAGCAGUGUGAAGAGUGCUGGAAGAGGAGAGCAGGUGUGUGGACUAGUUAGCAGGACAGUUGAUUCUACAUUCUAAGUCAUCGUCUUUAUCAUCCAUUGGAGACACACAAGAAGAUGUUUCACAAGACAGAGGAAUUCUUUCCCAAGAAGAUGGAGAGUGAUGUGGAUGAUAUGGACACAUCAGACACGCAGUGGGGCUGGUUCUACCUGGCGGAAUGUGGGAAGUGGCACAUGUUUCAGCCGGAUACCAACAUUCAAUGUUCAGUUAGCAGUGAAGAUAUCGAAAAAAGCUUCAAAACAAACCCUUGUGGCUCCAUUUCCUUUACUACUUCCAAAUUCAGCUACAAGAUAGACUUUGCAGAAAUGAAGCAGAUGAAUCUCGUCACUGGAAAACAGCGCCUGAUAAAAAGGGCUCCUUUCUCCAUCAGUGCCUUCAGUUACAUCUGUGAAAAUGAGGCCAUCCCCAUGCCAACACACUGGGAGAAUGUGAAUACCGAAGUUCCCUACCAGCUGGUUUCCCUGCAGAACCAAACCCAUGAAUAUAACGAAGUUGCCAGUCUCUUUGGGAAAACAAUGGAUCGGAACCGAAUUAAAAGGAUUCAAAGGAUUCAAAACUUAGACUUAUGGGAGUUCUUUUGCAGGAAAAAGGCUCAGCUAAAGAAAAAGAGAGGUGUCCCUCAGAUCAAUGAGCAAAUGCUGUUUCAUGGCACCAGCAGUGAAUUUGUGGAGGCAAUUUGCAUUCACAACUUUGAUUGGAGAAUCAAUGGUGUACACGGUGCUGUCUUUGGAAAAGGAACCUAUUUUGCUAGAGACGCUGCGUACUCCAGCCGUUUCUGCAAAGAUGACAUCAAGCACGGUAACACGUUCCAGAUUCACGGAGUCAGCGUGCAGCAGCGACAUCUGUUCAGAACCUAUAAAUCCAUGUUUCUUGCUCGAGUGCUAAUUGGGGAUUACAUAAACGGAGACUCCAAAUACAUGAGACCUCCUUCCAAAGACGGGAGCUAUGUGAAUUUGUAUGACAGCUGUGUGGAUGACACCUGGAACCCAAAGAUCUUUGUGGUGUUUGAUGCCAACCAGAUCUACCCCGAGUACUUGAUAGACUUUCACUGACCCCGCUUCCCAGGCCCAGUGGUCAAAGCUUUGCUCUCUCGUUGCAGGAGGAUUUGGCCCCCUGUCUUCUAGCCGCUAAAUAUAAAUAUUGGAUACUUUUGAAACAGAUGCAGGAAAGAAUGCGGCUCCAUAUAUAAAGAAGUACUGGCUGUCAGGUUGGUUAUAUGUUGUUCUGUUUCUGUCAGUUACAGUUUUGUUAAAGACCAAUACUGUUGCCAUUUUAACAUACAUCAAUGAGAGCCACUUAAAACCAAAUGAAUUGGGUCUCAUUACCAAGGCUGGGCGGUCUUUAAAGGUCACAUGUUUGUGAUCAGGUCAAGUGAUUUUAGUUUGCGUUCUCCAUUAGGAGAACUAACCCUUUAUAAAUUGAGUUUUGGCAUUAUUGUCUGUCAAUGAGCAUGUCCCUUUGUUGGUCUUCUAAAGGGGGCAUUAAAGCCCUGAAACAGGCCCUGGUGCUCCCAGAGGAAAGAAACAAAGGCAUUGUCUGCCAUGCUGGCAGAUAAACUAGCAGAAGAGAGGCCAAGACAGCCUGCUUCCCACUGCUGUAGGAAGGCAGGCCGCAGCCCCGGAACAGUUCACACCAUUCUCACCUACCUCCCACAGUUGAGUGACCAUAGCUGCCAGUGGUCACCAGCUCACAGUUCAGCCCCCAUUGCUCUGUGAUCCCUGCCUCAAGAUGUUUAUUUUCUCUUUGUUUUCCAGGCCCUGCAGUGAUAAUUUCUAAGAGGCUUUAUCUGUGUCCACCCCCAACCCCCACACACAUAUAGCUGUUCCAUAGUGAUUCCUAAAAUCCACAUGUCUUAGUAGCUGGCUAUUUCCAUUUUGAAUGAUUGUAUGUGAAGAGCAUGAGAUGCUGGGAAGAAGUCUGGUUUCUUUAGAGUAGCGACUGACAGAUCCCAACUCCUGAGCAGCUGUGGAACAGAUUGUGCUCAUGGCUUUGCCUCUCUGCUUCCCUGCUGUGCUGUCCUGAAGAUAAAGUGGACGGCACCAGCUUCCUCCUGCCCGUCAGUGUUCUAGCAGAGGUUAGACAACACCCUAGCAUGGUGUUGUCCAGGUGUUUAAGUAUUAGACUAGGAGCUGCCUCUCUGAUUGUCUACCCAGCAUUGAUUUUCCCAUGAUUCUUCAAGCCAUUCACCUAGAACCUUUCCUAACUCUUAACACUGCAUCUUGUCCUACUGUCCCCAUUCAGCUUUAGCUGAGACAAAGUGAGCACAAUUUAGCUUCUGCUACCCCUGCCUGUGUUGUUCUCUUUAUCAUUUGAAUUGAGAAGCAUCUAGAAAGAAUACAUGUGUGGAACAGGAUUAGGGAUGGUGAUUCUUUCAGCUUCAUAUAUCACCAGAUUUUCCUUAUAGCCCUGAACAUGUGUAAUUGUACAGUGGGUAGUACGUAAACAGCACACAGGAAACUGUAUGCACAAUGCUUGGGAGCUCUGUGGCAGUAAUGACUUCCUGGCUCCAAUGUGUAGGUCUACCACUGGUUGAAGAAAGGACAAAAAGGACACAUUUUAAAACCAACAGUGACCACUGCAGAAGUGCCUGGAGGCAGAUAGGCUAGGCUGCCUACCUGCUCACCAAAACCAGUGUUGGAGGCAUUAGGCAUUCAGGAUCUAUCCGCCUCUUCUAGCUGUGUUCAUGUGAAGUAUUGAAGGCCCCCUUCUCUCAAGGCUGUCUCCCCAGCUUUCCAUGCACACUUCUCUCGGUACUUGAAUGGAAUGACUCUUGUAGUUGGGGUUGUUUCCUUUUAGACUUGUGUAUCCAUGUCAAGGUGACUGAGAAGGCAGGCAGUCUGUUCAAUCAGUCUCCUUCAUUAGGUUGCAUGAGGAAGGCAGGGCACGUCACAGGGCCGCCCUAACGGAGCACUGCAUUGUUGAUGGACUGCCAGCCCCUUUUACAAGAAAAAUGUGAUUUUGAUGCGUGUUUUAAACUAUAAUGACAUAGAAUUCACUCAUGUUAAACUUUCACUUGUUUUGUCUGGUAAGUGUAUAGUGGAGCAUCGUUUCCCCUGCUCAUCAAAACCCAGUGGGAGGGGAGAGUAAGGGAAGCCAUUGCAUAGUGGUGAGCUGUGCUGCAAAGCUGGCUGAAUAAAUUCCGUUGAGUACAAACUUGUCUUAUCUCUGUGUGGAGUCUACACUUGGGGUAAAAAGAAAUGUGUUUAUGGAAAACAUUUUCCUAAAUCUUUUAUCUCCCACCAGCAACAGUUGAGAUUAAUGGAUCAUUUUAUUUCUAGACUGCUGGUGGUGGUGGUGAUGAUGGAGAAUUCCAAUAUUUAAUGUCUGAGUGUAUUGUUUCCACAGUUGUUAAUUAAAGUUUUCUAUAUCAGG